AGUCCCUCCUCGACAGACUCGCCACCACUUGAAGUUGUAGUUGUGAGGAUAGCUGCUCCGGUCAAGCCGCACAGAGCUGCUGCUGAACAACACUGACUGCGAUGGAGAAGUGGAAAGAGUUCCUGGUCACUCUGUGUGCAGCCGCCGCCAUCGGGAUUGUCUCCAUUAUAUUCGUGCUGAGAUGGGUUCUCCACUAUAAAGAAGGGUUAGCCUGGGAUGGAGGACUGGCUGAAUUUAACUGGCAUCCGGUCUUAAUAGUCAUCGGAUUUAUUAUCUUGCAGGGACUAGCCAUCAUUGUCUACAGACUCCCCUGGACCUGGCAGUGCAGCAAACUGAUAAUGAAGUUCAUCCAUGCAGGCUUGAAUUUAGUCGCCUUCAUCCUUGCUGUCAUUGCUAUGGUGGCUGUUUUUGACUUCCACAAUACUGCAAAAAUCCCCAACAUGUACAGUCUGCACAGCUGGCUGGGCCUGGCAGCUGUGAUACUGUACUGUCUGCAGCUUGUUCUUGGAGUUGGCAUGUACUUGAUACCAAUCACACCUGUGUCCUGGAGAGCAGCGUUCAUGCCGUUUCAUGUCUACAGCGGUCUUUUCCUCUUUACCAGUGUAAUAGCUGUGGCACUCAUGGGCAUCACUGAGAAACUCAUUUUUGGCCUGAGCAACCCAAAGUACAAGGACUCUCCCCCAGAAGCAACUUUUGUGAAUGUUUUGGGACUCCUGCUGGUGGUUUUUGGAGCUCUUAUCCUCUGGAUUGCCACUCGAAAGUCUUGGAAACGCCCAAGUGACCAGAUCUUGCAUACUCUGCAUACCGAUGGGGGAGGUGAGGACAACAGCAAAGUCGGUCCGGCCCUGUCUGAGCUGUCUGCUGGGGCUGAUGCUGAGACCUGUGGGGAUGUCAGGAGGAGGAGUAACAAACUAGAUGAUCAGGAGGACUGAUUACAAAAUAACUGACUCAGAGUGGAUACUGUCUCCACUGUUGAAUGUAUGUACACCCACUGAUCAGAGAAAGUCAAAAUGUAGAAAUA